GAGGCCAAGCAGAGCGGAGUGACUACUCGGGCUCGCGUAGCAGUCUCCCUUCCCAGUUCCUGUUUCCGCCUUUCAGUCUUCAGACAGCUUAACAACUUAAAGCAUCAUCCUCAGGCAGAAAAUAGACCUUGAAGAAAUCCAAGCUUUAUGAGGUAAAGCCCGAAAGAAGUUGCCCUCUGAAGUCCGUUGUGAGUGGUCUGUGAGGCGUGUGUUAAGAGGGAAGUAUUCUACAAGGCCACUUCAUAGAGACCCAGAGAGACAUCUGUCAAUCAGUCAGUCAGGACUACAGAGACACAGAGGGUGACAGACCAGACUACCAGACCCAGGAUCAGCACACGCCCAGUCCAGCCUAGACCAGAGAGGACUCGGACAUCCUAACUCCCUGGAGGAACCAUAGCCAUGCAUUAACUAACCCCACCAACCCUACCUGAACUACCUCUCACCAUCUCCGUCCUCCCCCUACGCCCUCCGGCAUUCUCACCAUGCCUCAAGGCCUAUUGUGACGGGAGUGCUGUUCAGAGGGGUGAAAGAUGCGCCCAUGGGCAGGUUCGUGGCGCUGGAUCAUGCUCGUGCUCCUGGCGUGGGGCACACUGCUGUUCUACAUCGGAGGUCACCUUGUGAAGGACAGCGAGCACCCAGAGAGAUCCAGCAGAGAGCUGUCCAAGAUCCUGGCCAAGCUGGAGAGACUGAAACAGCAGAACGAGGACCUGAGACGCAUGGCUGAGACACUCAGGUUACCAGAGGGCCAGUCUGACGGGGGCCCGGUGGUGAGUGCAGGCAGACUGCGGAUCCUGGAGGAACAAUUGAUCAGAGCUAAGGAACAGAUCAACUCCUACCGCAGCCUGCCUGGAGACGGGCCAGGUAGGAACCAGGAAGAGCUGCGGAGGAAGAUAGAGAACGGGGUGAAGGAGAUCUGGUACUUUGUCCGCAGUGAGGUCAAGAAGCUGGGUCACAUGGAGCAGGGGGACCUGCAGAAACACAUCGACACACUGCUGCAGGAGCUGGGACACCAGCAGAGGUCCAUCAUGACUGACCUGCACUACCUGAGCCAGGCUGACGGAGCAGGAGACUGGAGAGAGAAGGAGGCCAAGGACCUGUCUGACCUGGUACAGAACAGGAUCACAUACCUCCAGAACCCCCAGGACUGCUCCAAGGCCAGGAAGCUGGUGUGUAACAUCAACAAGGGCUGUGGCUACGGCUGCCAGCUGCACCACGUGGUCUACUGCUUCAUGAUCGCCUACGGCACCCAGCGUACCCUCAUCCUGGAGUCCCAGAACUGGCGCUACGCCACGGGAGGCUGGGAGACCGUCUUCCUCCCGGUCAGUCAGACGUGCACCGAGCGCACCGGGGUCACCACCGGACACUGGUCAGGCGAGGCCAAUGACAAAGACGUCCAGGUGGUAGAGUUACCCAUCGUGGACAGCCUGCACCCCCGCCCCCCCUACCUGCCCCUGGCCAUUCCCGAGGACCUGGCCCAGCGCCUCCACCGGCUCCAUGGUGACCCUUCCGUCUGGUGGGUGUCUCAGUUUGUCAAAUACCUGAUCCGGCCCCAGGCCUGGCUGGAGAAGGAGAUCCAGGACACCACCGCCAAACUGGGCUUUAGGCACCCCAUCAUAGGGGUCCAUGUGAGACGGACAGACAAGGUGGGGACAGAGGCAGCCUUCCACCCUAUAGAGGAGUACAUGGUACAUGUAGAGGACCAUUUCCAACACCUAGCCAGGCGCAUGCUAGUGGACAAGAAGAGAGUCUACUUGGCCACUGACGACCCCUCACUACUACAGGAGGCCAAGGCUAAGUACCCAGAAUAUGAGUUUAUCAGUGAUAACUCCAUCUCGUGGUCUGCGGGGCUGCAUAACCGCUACACCGAGAACUCUCUGAGAGGAGUCAUCCUAGAUAUUCACUUCCUGUCCCAGACCAACUUCCUGGUCUGCACCUUCUCCUCACAGGUGUGCCGUGUGGCCUAUGAGAUCAUGCAGACCCUCCAUCCUGACGCCUCAUCUCAUUUCCACUCCCUGGAUGACAUCUACUACUUCGGGGGCCAGAACGCCCACAACCAGCUAGCCGUGUACGCCCACCAGCCCCGGAGCUCCGACGACAUCCCCCUAGAGCCCGGCGACCUGAUCGGGGUGGCGGGGAACCACUGGGACGGCAACUCCAAGGGCAUCAACCGCAAGACGGGCCGCACCGGCCUCUACCCGUCCUACAAGGUGAAGGAGAAGAUCGAGACCGUAAAGUAUCCCAUGUACCCCGAGGCAGACAAGAUGCUGAAUCAGUAGAGAGAGACUUCUCAGCAGACUGCUGCCCAGACAGACACUGCUAACUUAUGAGAGAAAACGUGGACCUUCAGCCCGAGAGAGGGGACGAAGGGGAAUGCACUUUGAAUGAGUGUGGGUCUUGGUCAGUUGAAGUGUGUAUGAGUGCGUGUGUGUGCGCGUUUGUGAAAUGCGGCAUGAGGAGUAUCUACAGGGUAUAGGACCCUCCAGUGACUAACUCCUCACCAACCUGACCCUCCGGGACUAGGACCCUCCAGUGACUAACUCCGUCAGGGGGGGGGGAAUUAAAGACUACAAUUAGCAAAGAAAUGAAAGAAAAAACGAAAAUAAGGAAUAAACAAAUGAUAGCACUCCGGUGGAAUGAUGAAGGGAUCGCCCAAUCAGAGCUCUUUAUUUAAAUAAUAGUUGAAAUGACUGAGAAACCUCAGAAUGAUGACUGAAAAAAUAACUACAAAGAGAACUAAUUGUGAACUGUAAGAGCCAACAAACAAACUCUUGAAUUUCGCCUCUCCCCCUGUGCUGUUCUCUUCUCUUCUUGUGGACAUUGGUUGUAGCCAAUUGUUUUCUUCCUUCUUUCCUUCCUGCCCCUGCUUCCUCUCCUCCUUUCACUCCUUCACUCACUCCGUUUCAACUUACGCCAACUCAUGCAUUUUUUCUGUCCCACCCUCUAUUAAUUUUUCACCGCCAUAUUGUGCUUUUGGAUAAGUGAUUUUAAUGUUUUUAGUUGUUGUCGUUGGUGUGUGCGAGAGUGUGCAAGUGUGUGAGCAUUCAAGCAUGUGUGUGGGGUGUGUGUGAGUCCAAAUAGGGUGCCUACUAAGGAAAAUGGCUUCUGUACUUCUCUCCAAGUGUCUCUGUUUUUGUUAGUGUCAAAGUGACGUCAGAGCCAUAAGGACCCAGGCCUUGCCAUGCAGAUACUGCACAUGCAGAAUAAUACAUACUGCACAUAAUAGAGAAAACUGUAUAUGCAGAAUAUUGUAUAUGCAGAAUACCACAUUCAGAAUACUGUAUAUGCAGAAUACUACAUGUAGGAUACGGUAUAUGCAGAAUACUACAUGUAGAAUACUGUAUAUGCAGAAUACUGUACACUCCAGUCCAGACUCACUUAACUGUGUCUUACUCGUUUUCUGUUGUUCAUGUCCUUUUUCAAAUGUUAUUUUAAUGUUAUUGAAUUUGAAAGAAAAAUGAAAAUUGACAACUACACUUUAAAAGAUUACAAACAAUGAUUAUUUACGUAUGAUGAUGAUAGCAUUGAUCAAGAUGAUGAUUAAUGAAGAAUAUGAUUAUUGUCCACCAUGAAGAUGUUCAUAUUUUAUGUUUCUGGGCAUUGUCUUUGAUAAAAGCAGAUCAAAUAAAGUGAUCGGCUCAA